AUGCCGGAACGACCGGAAGUGCUCGUAGAUUGUUACUGCCCCAGAUGCAUCGACAAAGGUGUCUUCAGGGAGCAAAUCACAGAGGAGCUCCGGCGAGAACACUCGAUCGCGACCCGGGGUCCCAGACCCUCAGGCCCUACAUCGUACCUUCAUCCACAGUUCGCUAUGCAUACCAUGAACCGGACGACGAUAGGUGCUGCUUUUCAGCCUUCCCUCCACUGCGAACCUUCGUUCGUAUCCAGUCCUUCCGUGUCAUCUGCGUUCCAGAGCGGAACUGUCCGACAGGACAGCCGAGUUCAAUAUUCAUUUUAUACACCGUCUCUCGAUUCUCGAAAUGCCUGCUCUCCCCCGCCAGCGGACGAGAACCUCGAAGUCCUCUCCUGGCAAUCGCUAGGCGCCUCUGUCUCUCAAGACGGUGCAGAUAUGGAUACCCUGCUAUGGCACUCGCGUUCCAAUGGUAACCCUCAGUCCACCGAGAUUUCAUCUGUCCCACAUCCUCAGAGUUUCGCAGCCGAAUUACUAGAGUCUGCUGUACAUAUCAUGGAAAGCUCGAGAAAGACCUCGGCUGAGGCUCCUGUAUCUCCCUCAUCGAUACCCGGUCCUCGGCAGGCCGGUACAACUCCGGUGGACGCUUCAUUCACGUCCCCACAGUCGAUCGAGCCCACAUAUUGGGACACCAAGCACCUUCCGAAUAUCGAACGUGUUCGCCGGGACACUAUGAAGCGGAUAGCAGAUUUAGAGUCCCUUUCACACAGACACCCUUUCACCUCGCCCUUUCUCAAUCCAGCCAGAACAACCGUUUUCCCUCUCGGUACGCUCAAUACCUUGCAGCGCAACACGAUCGCGGACGAAAUCUAUGACAUCGAGGUGGCGAUCGCCUCUAGCCAGAAAGUGAUGUCCGAUAUCGCUCGCCGCAGCCCCUUCAUUCAGAAUCUCAAGUCUCUCGUAGCGAAGGAAUUGGAGGGCCUGGAACAUCUUUUGAAGAGCACGAAGGAUGCUUUAUCGAUAGAAGAUUCGUUGGUGAUGGAUUGUGAUCAUCUGUUCACAAAUAGCGUUGACGUGGAGCCCGGACCUACACAGGUUGCCUUAUUCAUGGGGAUGUGGCUUAGGAUGAAACCUCGCGCGUCACAGGACGAUACCUCUCAGGUCCUUGCCCUACUCACAUUGUUCGGCUGGCAGAUGGUAGAACUCGGCGAUCGUCCAGCUACGAGGAAGCAAAUACAUGCCUUGAACUCGAUCCCCAAAAAAGCCGAAACCGUGGAGAAAAAGUUCAACCUCACAUCACGCAUGAUUUCUUUUGCUGUGUGCACUCAGUGCCACUGCACGUACGAGGCUCCUUAUCCUCAAAUAUGUACGAAUCGAGAAACGCCAGGCAUCGAAUGCGGAUCGUUUUUACUCGAUGAUGAGGGAAAGCCUUUCAAGUUCGUUCUAUAUCGAUCUUUUCAUGAGUACGUUGGGAGCUUGGUUUGUCGAAGGGACUACCGAGAUAUAUUUCGAGUCUUUCGAGAACAAGCAUUACGACCGGCUCCAGAGGAAUGGACUGACGUCCAGGACGGGCAGUACGUGCGUCUCCUCAAGGGCUCUGAUGGUCGCUUGUUCAUGGACGUACGAGGCGAAGAUUCGGAAGCUCUCCUUUUUUCCCUGAGCGUAGACGGUUUCCAAAUCGAGGGCGCCAACAUCCACGGAAAAUCCAUGUCUGCUACUGCCAUCGGCAUGUCUUGCCUCAACCUUCCGGUCACGAUGCGUAACGACUCCGCGAACUAUUGGCUUGCCACCGUUAUUCCCGACGAGCCUAACAAAAGCCAAAUUCAGCACUACAUACGCCCCAUAGUUAAGAUCAUCAACCAGGCAUAUCGAGCGGGCAUCCGCUACACUGGACGGGACCUCCCAAGGACCGGUUAUAACGUCAAGUGCGCUGUCGGUCCAGUCGUUCUUGACUCCCCCGCCGGACGCACGCUCAGCGGAUUCUUUCAAAUCACCAGCCAUUAUUUUUGCUAUAUUUGUGAUUGCUGGCACCUGGAAAAUCUCGGAGCUACCGACUUCGAAUGCUGGAGGCCUCGCAACGCCGAGCACUUGCGAACCUGGGCGCUCAGGUGGAGAGACGCUGCCACUACCACCGAGAGGGAUUCUAUUUGGGUCAAUCGUGGUGUACAGUACUCGGAACUCUACGGUUGGGACUGGUGGGACCCUCCUCGCCAACUGGUACCCGAAGGAAUGCACGGCUUUUACCUUAGGUUAUGUCAAACGUACACGAUAGGAGCACUUCGCCUGGUUCAUAAGGAGAAGAAGGGGAAGAAGGGGAAGAAGGGGAAGAAGGAGAAUGCGGGAGACGACAGUACUGUCACCCCGCGUGCUGUACGCUGCUACUCCUUCAAUUUCGAGCUGCCGCCUCGACCAACUACCAGCUCCAACGUCUACCCAGGCCCUUCUGAUGGUGGCGACGGUGACGACGGCGACGACGACGACGACAUUGAGAUGGAGGCAGAAGAGGACCAUCUUUUCGACCUCAAUGUCUUAUACGAAGGAGGGCGUCUUGUUUCAAGAGACCUUCCGCAAGGCGAGGAAGGCAGAUCACGCGUGACGAAGCUCAGACAACUCCGUGAAGAACUCCAGAAGAGCGCUAAUGCUUGCAAAUCCGUAUUUGCCAUUCAUCGUCGCCUCACUGCUGGAUUGCGCGACACCUCUUACGAGCCCCGUGCGAAAGAUCGUGAGGAGGACGAUAAUGCGCCACGACGAACACCUCAACGUUACUUGGCGGAUUCCAUGGAGGACGAGAGUGCAAUAGCACUCGAGUUCGUAGCUACCGACCUCUGGAUCUUACCGAAGGCAGGAACGGGAAAGAAAGGCAAGGUGAUUAGGCGUGAUCAUGCUGAGGCUCUUGCGAGUUGGCGCAUGGCUAUGCCUAGGGACCCGCCCAAGCAUACAUGGAUCGACUCUGAUACCGUCCUCUCUCGCGUGCGCGAAGCCAUUCGUGAUGUCGUUCGUCCGUCAUGGGUAAACUCCGUCCCCGUCACCUUCGGAUCUAAGAACGCCGGUCACCUGAAGGCGAACCAAUGGAGAAUUCUUUGGUCCAUCUACAUUCCACUUGCACUCCUCAGCCUCUGGAUUGAAGGGAUGCCCCGUGCCUCCGCUGAUGCUGUGGAUAUGGCUCCGGUUCUAGAGAAUGCUAUGGCGUUGGUUUGUCUCUGUCUAUUAGCCAGUAAACGGUCUAUGACGAGGCAACGUGCCGAGGACUACCGCGAGGAGGUUAGAAAGCACGUCGAAGGAAUCAAGAAACUCUUUCCGGGCUACCUUUUGCCCUACCAUCAUGCCGUGUUUCACGUCUAUGAUUUCCUGAUUCUAUACGGGCCCAUCGCGUCGUGGUGGGCAUUCCCAUUUGAGCGGCUCAUAGGAACGUUGCAGGACAUACCGCAUAAUCACAAAAAGGGGGAAGCUGAACGCACUAUGUUGCUGUCAUGGACACGGGGCAGCCGUUUCAAACAAUGGGCUGCUCGAUCGGACUGUCCUCCUGCACUCAGACAGUGCCAGAAUAUGAUGGACAAGGCGUCGGGAAAGAAGCAGGACACGGCUCCUGAUCUGGAGGAUUUCACAGUGAAGGCCGUAUCCGAAGCUGUUCGAGACAUGACGGGGAAAGUCGAGUUGCCAACACGUCCAACAAUCCAGCGCCACGGAGUAUUUUUCUCACGAGAGUCACAGCACCUUGGUAAUAGUUUGAUCAUGGUCUCUCCCGAAUCCAGUGGGACUUCUCGCCGACGAGGGUUUCCAGCCAAGAUCGUUGAGAUAUACAUUCUCGGAGGCCAUAUCAAGCUCGCAAUAUAUCCCCAACUGGAAGCGCCUCACACCGUCGCGAACAUACAAGAGCGCUUUCCACACUUCCCAGCAUCCAUCUAUUCAACAUCCUAUUCAAAGGUCAUCAGGGAGAUCCCCGUGGAGUGGGUUCAAGGCCAUUGCGCCCAACUUCGUUUGUCCAACGAUCUCGUACUCGUCCUCGAUGUCACUAAGCAGGUCACUAGCCUCUUCGUCCCAGCCCUUCCUUUCCUCCGUAGGACUAAGAACGUGCCGGCGGCGUAUAGCAUUGUGGGUACCGCGACUACAAGGAAUCAGCUUCGCAUAGUAGCCAAUCCUUCAACCGGCUGGCCCAAGGAUCAGUAG